CACACACACACCCCAUUGAUCAAUAUUUGGCUGUCUUGCUGCAACUUGCUGCAGUCUUUUAAAGGAGUAGUAGAGAGAGAGGGAGAGAGAAAGGGAAACUGGCAGGAAGGGGUAAGGAGCUACACAUGUCACAUGUGCUUUCUAAGACGGCCAGGAGCAUCUGCAGGCUGGAUCUGGUGGAGGAUGCUGCGGCAGGUGAUACACAGAGGGCUCCAGUCGUUUUUCUACAAGCUGGGCUUAUUCGUGAGCAGGCAUCCGGUGUUUUUCCUCACUGUGCCCGCAGUCCUGACCAUCAUCUUCGGCUUCAGCCUGCUCAACCGCUUCCAGCCUGACACUGACCUGGAGAGCCUGGUAGCCCCCAGCCACAGCCUGGCCAAGAUCGAGAGGAGCUUAGCCAGCAGCCUUUUCUCCCUCGAUCAAUCCAAAAGCCAGCUGUAUUCGGACUUGCACACCCCGGGGAGGUAUGGCAGGGUGAUUCUCCUCUCCAAACCCGGAGGCAAUAUUUUGCAUCAGGCUGAUGUGAUCCUGCAGAUCCACCGAGCCGUACUGGAAAUGAAGGUGAACUACAAAGGCUAUAAUUAUACUUUUUCCCAUCUGUGUGUGUUGAGAAAUCAGGAUAAGAAAUGCGUGCUGGAUGAUAUUAUUUCAGUGCUAGAGGAUCUGAGGCAGGCUGCCCUCUCCAAUAAGACAACAGCCAGGGUGCAAGUGAGCUAUCCCAACACUAAAUUAAAGGAUGGAAGGAGCAGUUUUAUUGGCCACCAGCUUGGAGGGGUCAUGGAAGUGCCAAACAGCAAGGACCAGAGAGUCAAAUCAGCCAGAGCCAUCCAAAUCACUUACUACCUCCAAACGUAUGGCUCUGUCACCCAGGACCUCAUUGGGGAGAAGUGGGAGAGUGAAUUCUGUAAACUGAUGCACAAGAUGCAACUGGAUCACCAAGAUCUGCAGCUCUACUCUCUAGCAUCCUUUAGCCUCUGGAAGGACUUCCACCAGACCAGUCUCUUGGCCAGGGGCAAGGUUUUGGUGAGCCUGAUGUUGAUUCUCCUGACUGCUACCCUCUCGAGCUCCAUGAAGGACUGCCUGCGUAGCAAACCUUUCCUGGGACUCCUGGGAGUACUCACUAUCUGUAUUUCCAGUGUCACUGCGGCAGGGAUAUUUUUCAUUACUGAUGGAAAAUAUAAUUCUACUCUGUUGGGAAUCCCUUUCUUCGCUAUGGGUCAUGGAACCAAAGGAGUGUUCGAACUUCUUUCAGGAUGGCGUCGAACCAGAGAGAAUCUGCCAUUCAAGGACCGGGUAGCAGAUGCCUACUCAGAUGUCAUGGUCUCCUACACAAUGACAAGCUCCUUGUAUUUCAUAGCCUUUGGCAUGGGUGCAAGCCCUUUCACCAACAUCGAAGCUGUAAAAGUCUUUUGCCAGAACAUGUGCGUCUCCAUCCUGUUGAACUACUUCUAUAUCUUCUCCUUCUUUGGCUCCUGCCUGGUCUUUGCUGGCCAGCUGGAGCAGAACCGUUACCACAGCAUCUUCUGCUGUAAAAUCCCUUCAGCAGAGUACCUGGACCGGAAACCUGUGUGGUUCCAGACCAUGAUGAAUGAUGGCCAUCACCACACUUCCCACCACGAGACCAACCCAUACCAGCACCACUUUAUCCAGCAUUUCCUCCGAGAGCACUACAACGAGUGGAUUACCAACAUCUACGUCAAGCCAUUUGUGGUGAUACUGUAUCUCAUCUAUGCCUCUUUCUCCUUUAUGGGGUGCUUACAGAUCAGCGAUGGAGCCAACAUCAUCAACCUUCUUGCCAGUGAGUCUCCAAGUGUCUCCUAUGCCCUCAUACAGCAAAAGUAUUUCAGCAACUACAGCCCAGUGAUAGGCUUCUACAUUUAUGAACCUCUGGAGUACUGGAAUGGUACUGUGCAAGAAGACCUAAAAACACUAAGCCAGGGGUUCAAUACAGUGUCCUGGAUUGAACAGUAUUACCAGUUCCUUCGGGUGGGUAACAUCAGUGCAACCAACAAAAGUGACUUUAUCAGCAUCCUUCAGAGCUCCUUUUUAAAAAAGCCAGAAUUCCAGCACUUCAAAAAUGACAUAAUUUUCUCCAAAGCUGGAGAUGAGAACAACAUAAUUGCUUCUCGUUUGUACCUUGUGGCCAGGACUAGUGAAAAUACACAGAGGGAAGCAGUGGAAUUGCUGGAGAAGCUGAGGCCCCUCUCUCUUAUACAGAGCAUUAAGUUCAUUGUGUUCAAUCCUACUUUUGUUUUCAUGGACCACUAUGGUUUAUCAGUAACUAUGCCUGUCCUGAUUUCUGGUUUUGGCAUCCUGCUGGUGUUAAUACUGACCUUUUUCCUAGUUAUCCAUCCUCUGGGAAAUUUCUGGUUAAUUCUCAGUGUCACCUCAAUAGAGCUGGGUGUCCUUGGCUUGAUGACUUUAUGGAAUGUAGACAUGGAUUGCAUUUCUAUAUUGUGCCUUAUUUACACUUUGAAUUUUGCCAUAGAUCACUGUGCACCCCUGCUUUAUACAUUUGUACUCGCUACUGAGCACACCCGAACUCAGUGUAUAAAGAACUCCCUCCAAGAGCACGGGACAGCCAUUCUGCAGAACGUUUCUUCUUUUCUUAUUGGGUUGGUCCCCCUUCUCUUUGUGCCUUCAAACUUGACCUUCACACUGUUCAAAUGCUUGCUGCUUGCUGGCAGUUGCACACUUCUGCACUGUUUCGUUAUUUUGCCUGUCUUUCUAACCUUUUUCCCACCUUCAAAAAAGCACCACAAGAAAAAGAAACGGGCCAAAAGGAAGGAACGAGAAGAGAUCGAAUGCAUAGAGAUUCAGGAGAAUCCUGAUCAUGUUACAGCAGUCUGAAAGGUUUAGAAAAAAAUAAUAGUAUAUUCUCUUUUUAAAAAAGUGUUGCACAGAGAUGCAGGGAAAAUAGAGCAAAGAUCUCAGCUGCUUGUGCUGGCCAGGCAAGGCAAAGGAAGAUCAAGAAGGGGUAUUCAUGACACCUCAAGGUGCAAAUUUUUUUAACAAAAAUAAUGGAAGUAAAAUAAUCUCAAAUGUUUCCUUUGAAUCCUCAUUCUCCACCAGGGAAGAGGCUGUUGGUCAUUAAGUGUUCCUGAAUCUCAAACUGUAGCUCUAAUGGGAAUUGCUUAAUUUGUCUCAUGUAAGCCUGAAGCAAAGGUGAAAAAAAAAUAGUUGCCAUUAAGUACACAGGAGGGAAAAAGACAGAUUAUUUUGAUUAAAUUGUCCAUGGAAGAGAAAAAGAAACAUUUCAAAUGAGAAAAGGUUACAAGACCAAGUGAGAUUAAAAAUGCCAUGGCACUCUUUUUCACCAACCUAUGCACUUGGGAAGUAAAUGUUUAAAAGACUCUAAGCCAAAGUACUUCCCAAUUCCAGUAUACCAUAUAUAUCUGUAACACCACAAUUAGAGCAUUACUGCAAAUAAGGUUGGCAAAGCUAAGGGAUAGAGGUACUGUUUAUAUAGGAGAAGAAAUAAGCAUAGCCAUUUGGAAAUUUAAUGUUUAGUUCCUUUAAAUGUAACAUAUUAUUUUUAUCCCUAGGUCACAAGUUAAUACCAUACACACAUUUUGGUAUUUCUGAAUUGUGAAUUUCCCCUUGAACUAACAGAUCUCACAAAACUAACACAGGCCAUCACCACUGCAGAACUGUUUGCAGUUCCUGCAGUGUAACACUUUUGAAUUCUAAUUUAUCAGUGUUGACAUGAAAUACUGGGUAUUAAUCAAGCAGGAGCUUUAAACGUAGUGAUGGAUUGCAUAUCCCAGGCAUAACGUGAUCGGGUAUCAGCUGAGUCAGCUCUGGAGCACCUGCACAGUAUUAUCACUAUAUAAUUGGUCCAAUGGACGAAGGGAUAUGUUUGCUGGUCCCUGCAAUGUGCUGCAGGAAGUGGGAUUUUCCCCUUCUUUAAACAAAAUGUCAGUCAAAUAAUUGCCACACACACACGAAAAAAAAAAAAAAAAAACCAGCCUUGUAAAGGUUUGCACGGGGCUGGAUCAACAGCUAGUUCUAAAAAGACAGAUUGGUCCCCUGUGGGAAGGGGAGGGUAAAAUGUCUUUUUUAUUAUUAUUCCUAAAUAUUUGAGUGUUCAUCAUCUGCAACAUAAAGCUUUGUUAUGGCAGUUGAAAUUUCACAGGAGAGUGCAGUAAAUCCACAGUUACUCCGUGAUGCUAGAAAUUGUACUGUAAAGGACUAUGAAUGACUUUCUCUGCUUUGUAAACUAUUCAGCUUAGUAGCCCAAGAGAAGGGAUCAAAACAGAUCUAGCCAUUUCAGUUUGCUCUCAGCCCAGUGCUGCACUGGACCUUGCCAUGUCGAUCUCUCCUUUUAGUAUUUUAAAAGGGCUUGCUUUCUACUCUCUGGAAUAUGGUAUAGCAUCACCUCCAUGAGCAAUGUCUUCCUGAAUCUAUAGUAUCCAUGAGGACACUAUGUAAAGAUAUCACUAUAUGGAGUGUUUAUGUCUACUUUGUAUUACUUGUGGGUACCUUUAAAAGAUUAUCUGGAAGCUGUUUGCCUUCCAAAAUGUGUAUACAUGUCUAUAUGUGGCUGACAACUCAGUCUCAAACCCGCAGAGUUCGCUGAUGAGGGUGUGUACAUAUGUUUUACUAAAAAGCUCUCUGCAAGACAUUAAUUCUUUGCUAUGUGAUAUGUCUCACCUCUUCCUACUGUUUUGUGAUUAGGGAGAGCCAGAAAAAAUUCACCUGCAGCACAAAGAAAAGCCAUUUGAAUGCCAGUUCUAAAGUUCAUGAGCUGCUUCUCUUUCCAAGGAAUGCAAUUUCACCUCCUCUCUAUCCUUUCUGUACUUUGCCGUUACCAUUUGCCAAAAAUGACCUCUGUGUUUUAGGAGUGGUCAAAGCUCUUCAUUGUUUGAGGAAACUUUUGAUUGCAACAUGUGUUAAAGAAAGGUAAACUUUCUAGACAGGAAAAGCUUCCAAAGUUUCAGGGUAGAUAGAUCAAGGUUACUGGUUUGACCCAAAAUAUUCAAGGGCCAGCUGCAAAACUGAGAUCUAAGUAGUUUAGUAAGAUUUAGGAGCAGGGGAUGUUUUAAUGUUGGGUUAUGGCUUGUCUCUAGCUGGGAAGUAUUUACUGACCCUGAUUUGCAUCUUGAAGGCAUUGUGCAAUAUCCGCCCUUUUUAGAACAGUCCAUUAUGAAUGUCAAGCUUCCCAUUUCCUCCACUGUCCUCACAAAACCUGGGUUGUUGUAGCACUGUGACCCUUGGUUAUCACUUCUGGAGCUGUCGCCUGGAAAUUCCUGGUCUUCUUUUGUACUGCCAGGUGUAUCCCAGGGAUGUCUGUCAUGCAUCGUAUUGAGGAAAAUAGCACUUUCCAAAGCCAUCAAAGCCAGGAUUCAUCUCCUCUAACUUCAGAUGUUGGUAAUGUAAAUAUUUAUAUUUGAACUUCCUUUAUGGCCAUAAGAGAGGGACAGACACUUCUGAUCCAUUUUACAGCUGUGCAUUGGGAGCAAACAAAUCACACUUUUUAAAAUGCAGAUUUCUGUCCAUUGGUGAUCAAGGAAGCUCAGCACAAUUAGUUCAAACAUAGACAUCGGAAAUGCAGGCUCAUCCACAGCUGGUGAGAUUAACCCUGCUUAAAAUGACCAAAUAUCAAGUGAAAGAGCAAAGAUGAAAGCCGUAGAAACUUGCCUCCCAAGAUUCUAUUUUAGGCAUACAUCCCAGGAGUAAAUCAGAUUAAAUUUUAUGUUUUGCUUAUGAGGCUUUUAUGCAGAACAGAAUGUUUAAAAAUUGCCCCUGGCAUUCCCCUAGGAGAGAAUGGUGAGCCAAGAAAUCAGAUGUCAAUAUUGAAGGUGGGCUCACAUAAAUGAACUAGAGUUUGAUGAAGUGUCAAACCAGCUCCUCUCCAUAUAAUGCAUGUGCAGGAGCACUUGUGUAACAGACACCAGAACUGGGACUAGAAGCUUUUUAUUUCCAUGCCAGUGCAGGAGUAGAGAAGAAAACAAACCAGAUCUUCCAUGGUUGUCAUUUUGUUACUUUUUACCAACCAUUUCCAUAACUAUCAAAAAAAGGCCAGUGCAGCUGUUACUUCUGUAGAUAUGUUGGUCUCUGUGGAACAACGAAAGCUUUCACUUCAACCUAAAAAUAGAUUAUUUUCUUCUAUAACCCAGUUCACACUGGAAUAAUUUUGGGAUGGAUAGUCCACAUUAUUUAAUUCCUUUUCCCUUUUUUUGCUUAUUUUUCUUUCAGUCCUUUUAAAAAAGUUGUACCUUUUUCUAUAGCACCUUUCCAGCUCAACUGGAGCUACAUCUGUGAAGAAAGAGCAUAGCUCAAGCAAAGGAAUAUGACCCUAUGAUACAUGCUGCAUAUUUUUUCCCAGUUAUUGUAACUCCCCUGCAAUAUUGCACAUAUUUCUUUAAUGUUUGACUUUAUAUAUGGUCUAGAUAAUCUGCCAAGAACCCUUUAUGUAUCUCCUACUUGGUUUGGUUUCAUUUCCUCGAAGUAUAUUGGUUUGAAUUCAUUGUUGAGAUAACUGUGUUCAAGUCAGCAGAUUUAUUGCCAUGAUAUAUCUGACUUUGCAUGCUUUCUAUCUGGUAAGAAGUGAAAUCAUGACAAAUGAUCCUCUUACAUUGUUGAUAUGCUUGUUGAACAAUAUAUCUGUCUAUACUCCAUAGCCACUGUUGCAUGCUGCAUUCAGGAGGCUGCAGUGAAGGUAUAUUUCUUGACACUUUCCUCUGUGGACUACUUUAACCUUGAUCUAUUCAUUGUCUUUUUUUUUAGAGUUAAGCCUUCAGCUCUAUAGCACAGUACUUGAUAUAGAUUUGGAUUAGAUAUUUGGCAGAAAUUCUUUGCUGUGAGGGUGGUGAGGCCCUGGCACAGGUUGCUCAGGGAAGCUGUGACUGCCCCAUCCUUGGAAGUGUUCAAGGCCAGGUUGGAUGGGGUUUUGAGCAAGCUGCUCUAGUGGAAGGUGUCCCUGCCUGUGGCAAGGGGGUUCAAACAAGAUGAUCUUUAAGGUCCCUUCACACCCAAGCCAUUCUAUGAUUCUACAUUUUGUAAAUUUAUUGCCUAACUAAGCAUCAUAAUUUUUAUGGCCAAGAUAGGUAUGGAUUCAUGGCACCUUGCAUGCAUAAUUUAAAGAGAUUAUCUCCAGGGUUAUUGUUCUCAACCUUUUACUUCAAACAAUUUCUCUUCAGAAAGUUAAUAUCUAUUCAAGUUCCUUGAACAAGUAUAGUUCUGAAAUUUUCUCCACAGGGAAGAAAAGAAUCGGGGGGAAGGAAGAAAUAUGCAGUUAGGUAGUUGUGUAAUCAGUGUUCUUUUUUCCCCAAAGGCUUUCACUGCUCUACUCUUAAUUAAGUCACACUGAGUAGUGACUCUAGCAUAAUUAAGAUUUAUUUCAAUGGAGUUAUUCCAUAUUUCAUUGUGACAAGAGCUUGGCUUAUUGUCUUUAUGCAAGUACCAUGCUAAGUCUCUGAUUAAUUUUUCAGUAAUUAUAAACUUUAAUAAGUUAUUUUUCAUUGCAACACUAGGUUUUUGAGUACCUCAAGCUCUCGUUUGACGUUCUAGGAAACACUGUAAGGAAGCAAAGUUAGUCAGUCAGUGAGCAAGAGAUGUUGUAGUGUUGCCUCUUCACAAAGAGGCAGCAUAUACUCCAACAAGGCUUUAAAUAAAAAAUGAUGCUCAGGAUAUCUCAGAAGAUUAAUGUGAAGCGGAAACCAAGUGAAACCUUGUUGGGAGGGUAGUGUAGUCAAAUCAUGGACAGCCAAAAGUUGGAUUUUUCGUCCAGAACUUCUUACACAAGCAAGAAGACAUUUGAACAGGGAAGGAAACUGAAUACAGAAAGCAGCUCAUCCACCACUUAAAAUCAUUCAUUUCACUGCAGUCUUGCAUAAAUAACGUCACAGACCAAGUGAGUCCAGGUUGUCCCACCUCAGCAUGGACCUCUCCAUGUCCUGUUUUCCAUGUACAGCAAGUAAGGGAUUCCAUCUUGGGUUUCACAUGCCCUUGGGGAGGAGAUUCAGAGCUGCUUCCUUGCCUGACAGAAUUGUAUGUGAAUGAGAGCUGAAAGAUGAACACCACACUGCAAGCACAGGUACUGAAUGCUCCCUUUGUUCUCUCCCCACCUUCUCAUGAGCAGCAACACCAUGAACUCCUGGUACCAACCUCACUAAGUGCCAGCAUUUGUAAUUUCCCUGGGAGAAACCUGGAAUUUGUGAUCACAAGCUGUUCACAGGCUGACACAAGCUGAUAGAUCUCUGAUCAAGAAGACUUCAGGGAUUUUUUAGAGGUGUUCUUUGAAAGAUACCCACUUUUCACUAUAGCCCCAUCCCUCACCUCACCUGCCCAACACUGGAGAGGUGAAACUUCUUCUGACAUGGUAGGCAGGUAGAAGAAAAUUUUGUGGAAUCUUUUGCUUUUAAUCCUCAAGGCUUUUCCCACACUCUUUUUUUUUUUUUUUUUCUCAAGCGUUUCCCCAUCUGUUUCUGCUUCCUUCAUGGCUUAAAAACAAAGUCUCCCAUGCAAAAUUUGGAUGCUCAUCCUACCCAUAGUGAUGUGAAACAUCAUUGCUUAACCACGAGGUUGAGGUGGGUUAUUGGCUUUCAGGCCAAAUACAGGGAUUUGGCUUCCUAGCCCAGACAGGCAACCAAAACCCUGCUGAAAACAAGCAAAUGUGAAGCAGUUCUGAACUUCAUCUUUCCUAGUUCUCUUUGUUUUCUCGGUGACAUAUCGAGGUGUCCACAACACUAUUCUCAUUUUUUUCCUGGCUCCUCAUUAAAAAAACCAGCUUCUCUUUCCCACUCCCUGAGGCUAUCUUCCCUUUGCAGCUUCACUUAUUUUGUCCUUUAUUCUUCUCUGUGUGCUCUCAACCUCUUCAAAAUUUCCCUAUUUAUAUUUGAAAAUUAUGAGAGCAUAACUCUGUUGAAAUAAAUGGAAGAUGCCUGGAUGCUUUUAAAGUGCAGACUGUGGUACAGAACUAACUAAUUUAUAACAGUGCCCAAAUAGCUAAAUACUUUCUUCAGACAGAAAACUGUCUGUAAGAAAACUUGGAAAAUAAUUAAGCCUAAAUUUCCAUUUUUUAUCUCAUAAACUUCUACUUCUUAUGAUUCUUUUACCCUAGGCAUUUCUUUUUUUUCCAGCAUGCUUUUAUCAUGGAAAUGCCUGGUUUUUUCUCUGCUUUUCUCUCUCAGCAACAAAAAUAAAUGGACAUUUCUUCAUACCCUCAAAAAUAAAUUAUUGCCCCCGCUUGGAACACUUUUGUGACAAUUUUCUGUCCAGAGCAUAUUUUCCAGCCUGAAUUAUACAUACCCCUGGAAACAAGCAUUCCAGUGAAAAUGCUGAUACAGCCUUGACCAGAGAAAAAUGAUUGGUACAUCAACAAUGUCCUGCUUAACUUCAACCCCCCUGCAUCAGCCUGCUGGAUACUCCAGGAAGUAUUCCUAUUUUGGAUUGCUAAUGGUCUUUUCCUCAUUACUGGCACCACUGUGUGGACAAUAUCAGCUGUAUAGUUCUCCUGAACACCCAUCAGUCUACCCCGCUUACAUUGUAAAAUCAUAAAUAGAUUGGCACAGCUUUUGCUGGAGAUUGGAUCUAUCCCAAGCUAAGGCAGCGGGGCAGCCUCUACUCUAAAACUACGUCUCAGUUUCCCAUCUGUAUGUAGGAUAUUGCACAGUUCCUCUGUAAAGGACAAAAAGCGUCACUUUUCUUUCAAUAAGCCGUUUGAGGCUUAUAGGACAUGAAAUCUUUUAGAUUUAGUCACGGAUAGAAAUUUUUACAUAAGAAUUUGAAUUAAGAUGUCAAUUGAAUAGAGUAAAAGUAUCCAUGAAUAGAGAAAUCUUAGUCCAAAACAUCUUGCAAUUCUGGCAUGAUACUUCUCUGAUCUUAUUUCCUUUCAUCAAUAAGGACUGAAGUUUUUUCACACUUAUCACACUGAAGAUAAUCCCUGACCUACAAAAACAUCCUGUCUGCCAGCAGACAUUCUCUUGGAGGAAAUCCCAUUGGUUUCAACUCCAUGUCAAGAGAGAUUUUGCAGCAUCUGGCAUAGCAGUGGUGUUAGUAUGUACCUAUCAAGACACAGACCCUCCUUCCUGACAAGCAGACCCAAACACUAAAUGUGUGGGAUUUGUGGGAUGUGUGAUUUUGCCUCUAUAGAAAAAGAAAGUUUGUUGUAAAAUUCAGUUCUGAUUUUACCAUGAGAUGGGAAAGCAAAGAGUGACCAACGUUAUCAGCCUAACUGCAGUUACUGUGCCUGUGUGAGAACUUCAGAGAAGGCUUAUCUAGCUAUGAAAGCCUAAGCAGUGACAGUAUCUUGCUCUGAACAAGAAUUUGUUCUCUACUCACUACCUCAGAGAGCCACACGUGUAAAACUACUCUGUUCCUGACCAAACCUGAUCUAAGUCCUGGGCACAAUGAAGUCAAUUGAAGCAUAGAACUUAGGGUGCACAUUCUUAAGGCCAAGUGAUUCCAGGUUUUGUAAUGACACAGGUAUUUAAUUUAAUGACACUGGAAUUUAAUCUUCAAAAUUAUUAUCUAGAGAAGUCCCUGGCACAGCUUUGCUCCAGAAAAACAUCUCUCUCCCCAGCAAUUCUUGGGAACAGUCUGGGUGCUGGCACAGCCCAGGGAUCAUUCCCACCAGACAACUUGUUUACAGUUGCUCAUUUUUCAGGCCACAGGAAUGUUUUAUAAUAUGGACAGUGACAGAACACAUCAGCCUCCUUUGGGACUGCAGAGCAAUCCUGACAUUGCCUGAUUCACUCCCAAAGUUAUAACUUUAGACAGCAAUGCAGCCUAUAUUCAUGGUGGUAUUUUACUUCUGAAUAUCUUCAUCUGGCAAAGCACUCAAGUAAAUGAUUUAGUUUAAUCAAAUUCUUCAUUCUCAUGGACUGGGACAUCGUUAAAUUUAAGCAUAUGUUUAAAUACUGAACUAAAUAAGAAUGCACUUAUCUCUGUGCUUCAAGUUAAAUAGGAGCUUUGAAGAAAAAGAGGUCUUAAAAGAAAAGGUCUUUUUCCCAUAACAUACUAAAUCCUACAAUUAUAGUAGCAAUUUCACAAUAUAUAGAAAAACUGUGCCAAGCACAUAUAUUUUUCAGGGUUUCAAUUUCCCUGAUGUAAGACAUCUCAGGGACAUUUUAGUGAUUUGUUACAGUCAUACAACAUUCAGGCAAGAACAAAGUCUUGCUGAGCACUUUUCCUGGAAAAAAAUAGCAAGAUAUUUGACUCAGAAUGAGAAUACAGUAUUUUAUGACAUUAAAGCUCAUUUUUAAAAGAAAAAAUGAAACUUUUCAUUUAAUGUAAUUUAUUAUUUCUUACAAGUGACACUCUGGAGAAAUGCUAGAUAUGCCUCUAUUAUGGAUAAGAGAGGAAAACUGCUUGAUGAAGUUAAAUCCAGGUUUGCCAAUUAAAAAAUAAUUAAAAAAAAAAAACCAAAGCUGGCUUUGUGCCAGUGUAAAAUUUUCUGUGGCAUCAUCUGCUGCUUUUUCAUUAAAUUAAAUGUGAAUGGUGGCAUAAAUGGGGCAGAAGUGGAAAUCAAACUGUACAUGUCCUGGGGCUGCGUCUGGUAAGGAACACUUACAUACACCAGGAAAAGAAAUUGAGCCCCCACUCCUGCAAAACCAGAUGCAGCUGCCAAGCCAUAAACAUUGUGAAUAAUCCCAUUGGCUUCAAUGGAGCCAUCAGGAUGCACAUAAAGAUUUGCCCCUAAGUCUUUGCCAGUCUGAGGACUGGGAUAAACUGAUAUUCUAAUUUGAAAAGGAAAUAGAAGUCCCUAAGCCAGAUAUUUCCUCAGUGUUCUUAUCUGUGCUUUUUCCAAGAACCAUGCUUUUUAAAAACUUUUCCUGAAAACAUAAAUUCAAUAGAUACACAGGCAGUAUAAACAUUUAAGAGGCUCACGACAAACAGUGUCUUUUCAUGAAACAAGCCUUCCCCUGGGAUGUCUGUAGCCAGUACUUUAUGGAAGCACAUGAUCAAAUGGAAAGGGACAUGUAAAAAUCAGAUAUUAGAGGUCUCCCCUCCUAGGCUAUUGUCAAAGGAGAGAAACAUGUACUACAAUUCACGGAGCUCAGACAGUUACUUUAGAAUGAGGACCCUUGCACACGCCUGGCAGCAGAGACCAGAGCUGGUGAAUAGUCUGGGAUAACCAGUUCAUACACUUGAGGGCACGUGUAUAAAGUGGGGUCAGACUAAUCCCUCUGAGGCAUCUCCAUUCAUUGUAACUGCGGGGAAAAUGCUGAGAAGUAAUUUUGGGGUGAUGGGCAGUAAUCAGUUUGACUGUUCACUUUGUUUGUUGGGGGGUUUAAGGUGGGUCAUCAGGGCUCCAGGAGGGCAGCUGAAUGACUGGAGCAGUACAAACAAUGCAGCUGUAGGCAGCCAAGAGUCACUACAAAAAGGACUGAAUCAAGCAAAUUCUCUAGGGAAGAUGCAGGUCAUUUUUUCUCCAACUGUUAUUUAUUUCCAUUUGCACCUUAUUUAAAUGUAAUGCUUAUUACGUUUGUUUUUUUUUUAGCCAGUAAUGGUCAGCCUUUCUACCUCCCUUUAAGCUGCAGAACUUGCUUAACCUUUUUUUAAUAUGAAUUUAGAUUAGAUGUUUAAUUAGUGGGAUUUCUCAGGUGUAGGCAACUUUACUAUGCUACAAAUAAACACCAUAAGUCAAUAUUGAUUUUCCUCCCUAGUAAAGCUCCCUCGUUGCUGGAAACUGUUAAUAUUUUUCAAGGUUCUACCACAACCAUAUUUGUACAAAGCCUUUUACUGAGCUUGAAAUUCUAUACCAAAUACUUAUGUCUUUUAAAGACUGAAAUCUUCAAUAAAACAUGUUACUCAUAAAUAUUAGAAUUUUCCCUUUCUUCAAUAGAAAGAUAUUGAGUAUUAAUCCAUAUUACAGGACCAUUUUUCCCUUACACUUAGUUUUAGAGGAAAUGAACAGGUUUCUUAAAGACAAAAUGUGGAGCUAAGACUUUGGGCAGCAGCAGGAACUGGCACAUCCAUCCUCACGGGAGGAGCAGGGCAUUUCAGGACUCGGGAAGAGUAGGUCAGAGGCAGGAAAUUGGCAAACCUGAGCUGGCAUAUGGCCCCUAACAGACUAUCUGCAGAUAGACAAUUUACAGGUGCCCUGAAGCUAUGCUACAUGCAAGCAAAUGUUUCAGUUCUCCAGACAGAGCUGACCACAUAAUGGUCUCCCUAGAACAUAAUCCAGUUCCAUUCUUCGCCAAACACUGAUGCCAACAGAUCCUUUCUCACCAGGUUUUCUCUUGCUUUCUCCUUCAGGCUUCUCCCCCCUCCUCACAACCCUGGUAGCUCUCAGCUCCUCUUCCCACAGUGGCAGAGUUGGGAUUUCAAGAUCUUCCCAUGCAAAGGCAUGGGGCAUAGUUUUCCCAGGUUUUCUCGACUAUCUCUGGGAAGGCCAAGGGCACCUGCCCACAUUGCACCCAGCACUGCCCCGUGGCUGGGAGAUCUACCCCUGCCUCUGUGCAACCACUUCUCUUGCCUUUGACAGUACAUGAUGGUACCAGCAUGAGCAUCUCUCAGAUCCUUGAGUAAAUAGUGAGCUCAAAAGGACACGUUAAAUCAUGUAUUUUACAUUUUGUCUAUCCAGUGCGAAUGGGAAGCUUUGGGGUUUGCCUUGAAGUCUCUGUUGUAUCCUGAAGUCCUGGUCCGUGGGACCCUGUUCAGGUAGAAUGUACUGGACUAAAACUCUGUCUUCAUCCAUGUACUUGGUUACCUUUCAGGUGAAAACAGGCAGAAAACAGAGAGCAGGAAGUUCUACCUGAAUGCGAGGAAGAACUUAUUUAUUGUGAGGGUGACUGAGCACUGGAACAGGUUUCCCAGAGAGGUUUUGGAAUCUUCUUCUCUUGAGAUAUUAAAAAACCAUCUGUACAUGAUCCUGAGUAAUGGGCUCUAAUCCCCACCCUGAUUGAGGGUGGUUUACUAGAUGUCCUCCAGUGGUCCCUUCCAACCUGAACCAUUCUAUGAUUCUGUGUGAAAAGGAGGGGAUCAGAAAACAUGACCUUGCCAGUCAGAAAUAACACCUGACCCAGGAUGUAGGUCUGUCCAUCUUUGUCAGGUUAUUUUCUACAGAUACACCGUUUUUCCAUUUCUAAAUCAAUUACCAUUUCCCCAGGUGAGUUUUCCGGCUAGUGGCCCCAAAAGACACUGAAGAACAACGACAUUGCUAGAAAACUGCUUCUAUUGGUUUUGCUGGAAAACUCCCUUGGUGAAAGAGACAGGUUGUCAUCUCACAUGGUAAAGGAAUAUCUCUAUUGUGUUUUUGAGCUGCUAAACAUCUCCAGUGCCAAAUAUGGGUAAUAACAAGGGCAAAAAAAGCAUUCUGGUAGAAUUAUACUGAGAGUGUUCAUCUGAAUUGCAAGAAAUCACGGAAUUACUUCAGUUGAAAUAUUGUUUGUCAUCAAAAUUGCAUGGUUGAUGUUGCAAAUCACUAGUCAUAAGACAGUAAUUUUCCAAGUUUCUAUCUAGAAAUUCAGGACUACCAAAUGCUGCAGCCUACACAAUACACACCCAGUUGUAGCGAUGUAUCUGUGCUGGUACCAUGUCAAAUGCCCUCCUGUCAAUCUGUUGCACAAGCUCUUAUGGAAAUCAAGCUAAUUACAGCUUACCAGAGUGGUUCCUGCAUGUACAGCCAAACAUCUCAGCUGAUAUAAGUCAGCCUGAAUCAUAUAGCCGCCCAUGAAGCACAGUUUCUUACCUGCUGGGGACUUUGUCUUCAGAUUUCUAUGUCUGACUUAAGGCUUUUCUAUCAAAACCAUUUAACAAACUACUUUACUAAGGUUGUCAUAAGACUUUCUUUCUUUUUCUUCCAUUUUUUCUUUUUGUUUCAUUUAACUAAUUUGGUCUAAAGUAAACAAUCUUCUCCAUUCUUCUUCUGUCAGAUUUAUUUGAAGGGAAAAAGAAUUUUCCUUGAUUAUAUCACAGCUACUUAUAUAGCCUUACUUGGGAGACAGAGUUCACAUCAGCCAAGGUGAAUGAAGCAGAGAGCCACUGAUGCUUCAGAGGCUCUGGCUUUGCAUGAAACCAGAAAUCAACACUAUAUAGUGGCUUUAAACUGAAAGACAAAAGUUUUGAAUUAGGUAUUAGGAAGAAAAUCUUCCCUGUGAGGGUGGUAAGGCACUGGUACCAAAGUUGGUGCCAACAGCUUCAAGGCUGCCCAUAGAAGCUGUGGCUGCCCCAUCCCUGAAAGUGUCCAAGGCCAGGUUGGAUGGGGCUUUGAGCAACCUGGUCUAGUGGGAGGUGUCCCUGCCCGUGGCACGGGGGUUGGAACAAAAUGAUCUUUAAGGUUCCUCCCACCCAAACCAUUCUAUGAUUCUAUGAUUCUGUUUCUUCUGGCCUGAGCUGGGUGCUCAAAUUUCUACUUGUGUUAAUUCUGUGCUAGUUUCACUUUCAUAAACGGGGAUGCAAAUUUGACCCAAAGUUACAGAGAUAUCUGAGAGAAUGAAAGAGCUUUUUUCACUGUAUUCAAAGGAAUAGUUCAGAAACUUCACAGAUUGCUGUGAGUGAAAGAAGGUAGCCCAGAACUGAAAUUAAAUUCUCCUCCUCAUUGCCAAGGACAGAGAAAAAUUUGGCAAAGAUUUCUGUGCAUGUUGCAACUGAAAUUAUUUCAACCACCAAGGCCCUAAACCUGCUGAGCUCCUAGAAAAGGGUAGUCUAUAUCUGGCUGUAAGUAAGUUAUCCCAAAGGCUUGGGAGUGUGUGCAAGUUUGGUAGUAGCCAUAACAUGAUAAGGGCUUCUGCAAAUAUGUUUGCUAUAAAAAUUAGAGAAACGUUCAACAUGAUUUUUGGAAACAAAUUUCACUUCCAGGAGCUCUCUGGCCAUGGGAAGUUUCACUCCUUCCCAGCCUAGAUUUGGACUGGGAACUUUUAACAAUUAAGAAAAAUAAAUGACAAUGUGUCUUUCAGAGGCAGGUCUGAUAUACUGGCUGCAGCGUCUCUUGUUUGUAGCUGGUCACUAUAAAGAAGCAGCAAUUAUUGUUCUGGCAGAUAAAGUCACUUAGUUGAAGAUACUGGGGUUUUCUAUUUUAGCUUAUAUUGGUACUUGUGCUGCCCUCCAGUGAUUUGCACAGUUGUUCCAAUCUGUAUUCUAGACUUCUGUAGAAGUUAAUUUCUGGUCUUUGCUCAAUUCACACUGAAAAGUGCAGUUCUCAUUCCAGAAUUUUAGCCAGUUCUUGUCUAAAAAUAAUAAUAAUAAUAUAGCUCCAGUAAAAUUUAUAAAUAGUUUUUUAAAAACUAAGAGUAAAUACAGAUCAAUUUAAUGCGAGAAAUAAAAUGUAGCAUGGAUUUAAAUAGGAAAAAACCAUAAAUGCAUCAUUUUGGACCUAAAGUUUUAAAAGUUAACUUUUCACUAAAGUUAAACUGUCACCAGUUAAUAUGACUUUCAAUUAAGUAAUUUUUUAGAUUUACAUUUUAGUUUUAGUCCUGCCAAAAACACAUCCAUGAUCAUUCCUGUUAUUAUGCAAAUAACUUCCUUAUACUCUCAAUAGUGGAUCCAUAUGGAUUUUGGGGCUGUGUUGAUUAGAGUCUGUUCUGAGUUGCUGGUUCUUUCCCAUGCGUCUCAGAAGUCCAUGUAUAGUGUGGCAAGCAGGUGGAACAUUCACAGCAGCACACAGAGAAAUUAUACAGUGGUUGUAUGGAUAGAAAUGGUUUCUUGCUUUUUAUUAGGCUGUAAUUUUACCAAUCCUUUUGGUCUAGACUUCCUUACAAUAGCAUUGAAUAAGAGCUUGCAGAAGUCUGUGUAGCAUCCAGGCAGAAAUCUUGCUGUACAGGUUGUACUUACUGAAAGAGUUAAUAUCUGAAAAAGUUUUCAGAGUAUCCUCAGGGCUUGCUGGAUUUAGGUCUGGUUUUCAGCAGACAGUUCAGGAAACAAUUUUAUGUUAACAGAUGAUGUGCCUGAAGGUAGCAUUGAAGAAUGGGCCCAGGGAUGGAAAAAUACAAGACCUCAUACCACACCAGAAGUUUUUUCAUCCUUUACACAAUUGGAGCUGCCCUCCUAAUUAUCUCAAUCUGGGCCAGGUUAAUUGGAGCCUUCCAAGCCGUGAUUCAGUCUCACACGUUUUCUACAUCUUUGCUAAUUAAGACAAUUUUCACCCUUUAUAGUUGCUUUAGUAUUCAGAGCAGUUUGCCAUGGGCUAAUUAUAAUCAUCGAGUGAUGGCUUUAAAAUUUCAUGUUUGUGAUGACAUUUUAUCACAUUAAAUUGGAAUCCCAUAAUGCUUCUUGAGCUAUGAUAGACAUGGAGGUCAUCUCUCUUCUGGAAUUUAUCCACUGUGUGAUAUUGUGCUGAUAAUGGGCAUUUUCUUUCAUAACCAUUUCAAUCUCUCCUACUCUUCAGCUGAAGACAUUCAGCUGAUUCCAGCAGAACACAAAAACACUGAGUUCAAGAUCCAGGGCACAAGCCCUUUGCUUUCAUCCUGUAGAUGCUCUUUCUUCAUGUGAUUUGAGAGAAAUCCCAGGUAUGGAGUCCUGAGGGGCUGGAAGGAAGAAGCCAAGGCAACAUAUUCUUCUCAUCGUUGAUCCUCCAUUUCCAAAUCCUUGGCAUUUUAAGAGCUUUGUCACUGAUGUGGUCUGGAAAGUCUUUGGUCCCCUUGAGUUGAAGGAGCAAGUAGGGGAGCUCAGUCUCAUCACGCAAUCAUUGUUUCUUGCAAUCAGUGCUACAGCACAGCUUACAACAGCUUGUCCCUGCUACUCUGUGAAGGUGAAGGCUCCUGCAGGUGCUCUCAGGGGCACAGUUUACUUAGACUCCUCCUGCAGUGUGCAAGGAUUUACUGGAUUAAAAAUCUGUGCAAACCUGUAGCCUUGCAGAGAGUCUUUCUACACCGAGUAGUGCUGCGAUGACGAGAAGACAAGGCAGUUUGCAGGCACAGAUGCAGGGCUGUGUCAGCAGAGCUCUGCACUGGAACUCAUCACUCCUGCAUUGAAACAAGGCUGUCCUGUGAGUAACAUACACCAGCACAGCUGUGCUGCUUUCAAAACCAAACUAGUCCCUUUACUCAGAUCCUCUACAACUAACACUGGUAUCCACAGCCUGGCAUAGCUUUACAAGCACAAGCUUACUCACUUUUACCUGUAUCUUUCAAGCACAGGCUCACAUCCCACUGGUGUCUGUAGGAGAGAAGGGUGUGUUUAUGAGCUUUGUUCAUGCAGGAUUUGAGGAGUUUAUUGAACUGUAAGUAGCUGGGUAUUUAAUUCCCUCUAAGGCAGGGAAAAAAAGAAAGGCCAGUUGCAAAUGGGAUUUGCUUUGUUCUUGGUUGAGGAAAAAAAGCUACAAAGCUAAAAAUGAAAUUUAGAAAUGCAAAGAGGCAGCCAUAUCAUAACCCUGCCGUUCUUCUUGGCUUCUUGUUAGAACUUUAAAUGCUUCUGGAUAAGAUGAUAACAUUAAGGCAAUAGUUCAGAACAAAUCAGAAUUUGUUGAUGUUCCAUCUUUUCAGCUCGUGGUGCUGGAGUCUGUUUUACCAGAUUUUCAGAUAGACUUGAAAAUUUCUAUCUAACGUGGGUUUUUGCUGAGGGAAAUAGUGUCAAAUAUAAUGAUUGAGUCACUAUGACCAUAAAUUUGAAGCUUAGGACUUAUGACUGAUCGUAUACAUCAGACUGGUAUUUAUUCUAUCUUCAGAUGAGGUAAAUAUAGCUCAUAUGAAAAAUGCUACUAAGUAUCUACUUUUCAGGACUAGUUAAUAAACUGUGCACCUGUGGCAAUACAGAACUGUAUUCUAGAAAACCUCUCCAGGCUCCAGCAUUUUCAGAAUAAUUUCAGUCAUGCAGCAUUUUCUUUCAAAGGUACUUGCAAAUAUCUCUCAACAAAGUUCGCAGUCCUAAUAAUUUUCUCAGAGUGUAUCUUAAAAGAAAGCAUCUCUGAAGGAGUCCAGAGCCCUCAGAGUAUUAGUAAAUCUACUGUAGCAGAAGGCAAGGGAAAACUCACUCCCCUUCUACAAUUAUAAUGUCUAACCUCAGCCAAAAAAAAAAAAAAGAAA